CCCCGCCGCCGCCCGCGGAGGGCGCGCCCGGAUACGCGCCCACGCUGCAUGCGCCGCGCGCGCCGGCACCGCUGGCGGCCGCUGCGGGAGCGGUGCCCACCUUGAAGACGCCGCGAGGUGCGCGGUCGCUGGCGACUGCGUUGGGAGGGCUGACCACGCUGAAGACGCCUCGUGGCCCGCGCCCCCCCCCCCCCGCCGAUAACAUGGCCGAAAACGAGCGGAUCGAAUCGGAGCGGCGGGCCUCUGAGGCCCGCCGCUCGUCGGGCCUGUACGUGGACGACAGUUGGCGGACGGCGUGCAGCUCGGACCGCUUCUCGGAUGCCGAAGCCGCGAACGAGCUGAGGAUGAUUGACGAGCUCCAAAAGGAUCGCUCGAGAGCGAUCACCACUCCCGAUAAGGGCCCGAGUGAAGCCAAUGUGGGCGCGCUCGACCGGGCGCGCGCCACGGCAGCUCAAGGACAUUCGUCAGGAAUAUCCCGGAUCUGAAGAGACGCGUUUCCGCUUCCGCCCUGUUCCUGACUUUAGUCGAAGCAUGUAGCAGCCAGACAGCUCCCCAAACUCUAGACUUGAGUUGUGUCCGACUUGUGUGAUGCCUCCAUGCGUUUUCCUGCGACCCGCGUCCGAUGACGACGACGCCCUAAAAAAAAAAAAAAAA